CUGACUAACUGUAUCGUAUAUUAGUUUGUGCUUCACUAGUAAUCCAUGAACAGAUGGAUUUUACCAGGCGACGCCAAUUAGCAGCUGGGAGCCGCAAUAAUGUCUGUAGUGGAUAAAAUUAAACAUUACCAGCGAAAUAUUGAAAAAUGUGAUGAUAACGAGGAUAGGAUACUUCAUUGUAUUUCAAAACUAUCUAAUCUGCCUGUAACGGUGCAGCAUCUUCAAGAAACUGGUGUAGGACGCACAGUAAAUGCUUUGAGGAAAUAUGAUGGUGGUAUAGGAGAUGCUGCUAAGGCGCUUGUUGCAAAAUGGAAAGCAAUGGUUGCUAGUGAAGGAACUAGUGAAGGUGAAGAUGAAGAUGAAGCAUGUGUUCCUGAUGCACCUGAGAGCUACAGUGACAGUCGUGAGUCUCCAAAACCUGAGGAGAGUCCUGAAAGGCAUAAAACUGAAGGAAGUGGAAAACAUAUUCAUAGGCAUAAGUCAGAAAAGAAUGAAAUGGCAUGCAACAAUAAAUAUACUUCUAAACAUGAAUCCAAAUUGAAAUCUGUUGAAGAUCAGUCAAUAAAUAAUAGUGAUAUUGCUAAAACUUCAAGUAGUGAUCUAGAGAAACAAAAAAAGCAUGAUAAAACUAAACAUAGCCAUAAAAAUGAAUUGGGAAGUGAUAAAAAAUCUUCAAAGGAUACUAAAAGUGCCUGUAAGAAAGAUGAAACUCACAGUUGUAAACAUCGUAGUCAUAGUAAGUCUAAUAACACAGAAAAACAUUCUAAUAGACAUAUGGAUAGUAAUAACUUACUCAAAAGUAGCGACGAGGCUCAUAAACGCAAAAGUGAUGAUUCAAAUAUUAUGAACAAAGAAAGUAAACGAAGGAAAAUUUCAGAUAGUGACAGUGAUGAAAGUAAAUCUCAUGUAUCCUAUAAUUCUGAAAAGCACAGUAGCAGUACCAUAUUAAUUUCAGUUAAAAUAAAAGAAGAGCCUAAGGAUAAAGACACGUUAAUUAGAACUGAAAUUAAGCAUGAAAAGAAAGACUCUCAUGAGAAAUCAAAGAGCACCUGUAGCAAAUAUCGGACUGAUUCAUCUAGUUGUAAAUUAAAACAGAAAUAUAAAACUGAUAUACAUACAAAUCAUAAUAAAGAUGAAACUAAACAUAGUGAUCAGCAUUCUAAUAAGGAUUCUUCCAAAUCAAAACAUCACAGUUCCUCUUGUAAGAAACAUCAUAAUAAAAGCAAAAAUAGAUGUAAGAAAAAAGAGCAUAAGAAUGAAAGAGACAAACAUGAAAAUAAAGACAAUACAGAUUCGAAGCAUUUAAAACAUGGAUCAAAAGAAUCGAAGGAUUUGGUAAAAAUGAAGCAAGAAAUUAAUGGAGACAAAGGAAUAGAUUGUCAUUCAGGUGCUAGCUUUGCAGAAGCAUUGGGUAUGUGUACAAUGGCUCAGACAUCCAGAAAACGUACUAACAACUCUCCAAAUACAAGUACAGCAAAAAUGUUCAAAGCAGAACAAUCAACUGCAAGUAAUAAAAAGAUAGCAGCGAGAAGUGAAUCAACAAGUGAUACUUUACAGACACCAUCUCUUUUAACAACAAAUAUAAAGUUAGAGCCAUUAAGUGUAGACUUGGCAUCUACAUUACCAGAGAUUAGCCCUAAUUACAAGCCACUGCCAUAUAUUAAUCCUGUUUAUCGCAAAGAAGAAGACAAAACUCUUACAGAUGUAAUGUAUGUUAAAAAUCAAAGGACAAAAGUAUAUUCAGGAAAUAAAUCUGGUUAUACAACAGUACCAACUUUGUUUGAGAUAUGUACAAGGGUAUUGAUAGAGAAUAUCGAUGCACUUGAAUUUACUGGUGGUGUGCCUUUUGAUAUUAUAAAACCUGUUCUUGAACGUGCAACAGCAGAUCAGUUAUUUAUGUUGGAACAUUAUAAUCCCUAUUUGGUUGAAGACACAGAUAAAUUAUGGAAAUAUCACUGCAAUCGCGAAUUUAGAAAUAAACAAAGAGAAGAAAUGGAAACAUGGCGCGAGAUGUAUAUGCGAUGUUUAGACGAACGAGAAGCAAAAUUGAAAACGCUUACAGCUAAUAUAAAACAAUCAAUAGACAAAUCUGUACCAGUAAGAUCCACUAAACUUGCAUAUGUAGAUAAUGUUGUUAAACCUCCAAGAAAUGUUCUUAAAAAGCAAGCUAAAUAUGGCACUGCAAAUUCUGUACCUAAUACUGCAUCUACUAUAAAAAAGAAAUUAAUUAGUGGUGGAGGACCAACAGCUGCUACAAAUAUUUCUGUUCCAUCACCACCUGUAUCACGUACAAAACCAUCAAAGAAAACAAAGGCACCACUAAUGGCAAAAGCUUUACAGUUAAUAAAGGGGCGAUAUAAACGGUAGUUCAUAAGAAAUUGAUUAACAUUCAACAAUUUAAAUUUGUGUAUUUCGAACAGAACAUAUUCAUAUGAAGUCCACAUAUUGCUUCAGGCAUUCCGAGAUUUACCAAAUCGACUAUGCCAAAAUAAUUGCCGAGUGCUUUUGUAUCUACUAUAAACAUUAUAAUCGUUUCGUCAUUAUAAUCGUUCAGUUUCGUCAGUUGUACAGUAGAAAAGCACAAGUGCUGAGAUUUCUUGAUAACGCGAAAAUUCGAAACCUUUUGUUCCAUAAAAAUUGAAAAUUGUAAUAUCUUUAUAGAAAAUUAAUCAGUAUAAAUUGACAAUGUCCAAAAAGGUAUUAUGACAUUUAAUAUUUUUUAUGUUUUGAGAGACACAAAAGAUCAAUUGAAAGGUUUUACGGGGACAAAAAAUUUAAUUUCGUUUAAUGUAUUUUAUUAAUAAUGUUACUUAGAAAUAAAAUAAGAAAUUG